AGGGAGUGGACCAGGUCUUACCCCUAGCCUGCUGCGGAACUUGAGAGCUGUGUUGUGACACUUAAGAAACGAUCGCUCGUUAGAUGUGCACAGUUGCGUGUGUUCCUCAAGUGAGAGCGGCAGGGUCUUGGGUGCACUUCAUUACCGCAUUUGAAAUGUUCACUAUCUAACCUAAUUAAUAGUGCUUAAAAUUACCACCAGUUUGUCUCAUAGGAACCAGGAUAAGUUGCCAGUUGUCUUUGAAACUUACAGUGAUAAGAGCUGCUAUGUAAUCUUCCGUUGUCCCUGAUUUUUCUCUGCAGUGGCACACAUUUAAGUUACAUUUUUGCAGAAUCACCAUAAAACUUCUUUAUUAUUUUUAUCACAUACGUAUUUAAUUUUAGAAAACCAGUAUUACAGGCAUCAAGUGUAUUUUUGUAUGUGCCUUAUUGAUACAGUUGCAACACUGACCAUUCCAUUUUGGAGUUUGGAAGAGUGCUGGGUUAGACCGCAUCUUCUAAGGCAUGGCUCAUGUUUCUGCCUCCUCCCUGAAGCGUUUGUUCAGUGCCCCAGUCUCUCUUGAUUUUCCUUACUGAGAAAUGCUCUAGCAUUUCCUAUGAAUAACGUAUUAUUUUAUGCUGGAUUGUUCACAGUGUUCUGUUAUUGCUCAUUUUUUCUGUCAGUAGAGACUCUCCCUGGAAUUGUGUGCUUUCCAUGACGGAACAUCAGAACUAAGCACAGAGAAGUUGUCUUGCAAUUAUUUGAACCCAAGAUACAACAGAAGAUUUCACUAAAUGCAGUAUUUCUCUCCAAAAGUAUAGACAGUUUAGCUCUUCAGACAACGUUCGUGUGAGCACACUAGCUGAGCAGGAACAUGUUCACGUCCUUCCAGGGCUUGGUGACGUUCGGGGAUGUGGCCGUGGAUUUCUCCCAGGAGGAGUGGGAGUGGCUGAGCCCUUCUCAGAGGACCCUGUACAGGAGGGUGAUGCUGGAGAACUACAGGAGCCUGGUCUCGCUGGCAGGAGUUUCCGUUUCUAAGCCAGAUGUCAUCUCGUUGUUGGAGCAAGGAAAAGAGCCCUGGAAGGUGAAGAAGGAGUGGACAGGAGGCACACGCCCUGAUUGGGAGUAUGCGCUUAAAAACAAUGAACUUUCAUCAAAGCAAGUAAUUUAUGAUGAGUCAUCCAAAUCAGUGACAGUGGGAGGAAGCCAUCUUAGUUACCGCCUUGACUGCUCCAGUUUGAGAGAAAACUGUCAAAGUGAGGACUGGUUUAAAAACCACUUGGGAAGUCACGAGGUACAUUCUAGGCAGCUGAUCAUCACUCAUAAAGAAAUCCUCUCUGAAGGUCAAAGUAAUGACUAUAUUAGAUCCUGGCAAACUUUACAUCAGGAUGCAAUGUUUGGUAUAAAACAGAGUUUUCCCACCAAAGACAGAAUACUUCAGCAUGAGCCGCAGAAGAGAAGCUACCGGAAAAAAUCUGUUGACAUGAAACGUAAGAGAGUCUAUGUAGAAAAGAAACUUUUGAAAUGUAGUGAAUGUGAGAAAGUUUUCAAUCAGAGCUCAUCUCUGACUCUCCAUCAGAGGAUUCAUACUGGAGAGAAACCCUAUGCGUGCGUCGAAUGUGGGAAGACCUUCAGCCAGAGUGCGAACCUAGCUCAGCAUAAGAGAAUUCAUACCGGAGAGAAGCCCUAUGAAUGUAAAGAAUGCAGGAAAGCCUUCAGCCAGAAUGCCCACCUUGCUCAACACCAGAGAGUUCACACUGGAGAGAAACCUUAUCAAUGUAAAGAAUGUAAAAAGGCCUUCAGCCAGAUCGCACACCUGACUCAGCACCAGAGGGUUCAUACCGGAGAGAGACCCUUUGAAUGUAUUGAAUGCGGAAAGGCCUUUAGUAAUGGUUCGUUUCUUGCUCAGCAUCAGAGAAUUCAUACAGGAGAGAAACCUUACGUAUGUAAUGUGUGUGGGAAAGCCUUCAGCCAUCGUGGGUACCUAAUCGUGCACCAGAGAAUUCACACCGGAGAGAGACCCUAUGAAUGUAAGGAAUGUAGGAAAACCUUCAGCCAGUAUGCUCACCUUGCUCAACAUCAGAGAGUUCACACUGGAGAGAAACCCUAUGAAUGUAAAGUCUGUAGGAAAGCCUUCAGCCAGAUCGCGUACCUUGAUCAGCACCAGAGGGUUCAUACUGGGGAGAAACCUUAUGAAUGUGUUGAGUGUGGGAAGGCCUUUAGCAAUAGUUCAUCACUUGCACAGCAUCAGAGAAGUCACACUGGAGAGAAGCCUUAUAUGUGUAAGGAAUGUAGGAAAACGUUCAGCCAGAAUGCAGGCCUCGCUCAGCAUCAGCGAAUCCAUACUGGAGAGAAGCCGUAUGAAUGUAACAUUUGUGGGAAGGCCUUCAGCUACAGUGGAUCUCUUACUCUCCAUCAAAGAAUCCAUACUGGAGAGAGACCCUACGAAUGCAAGGACUGCAGGAAAUCUUUCAGGCAGCGAGCUCACCUUGCUCAUCACGAGAGGAUUCACACUAUGGAGUCAUUCUUGGCUCUUUCUUCUCCCUCCCCCUCCAUGUCCAGUCAGUUGCCAAGACCUGUAGGUUUUAUCUCCUAAGUCUGCCUUGAGUCGAACUCCUUUAUCCACUUCCACUCCAUCCUUGUCCAAUGCACAGUCAUUUGUUUGACAUGGACUACGGAAAUGGCUUUCUAACUGGUCCCUCUGUAUUUGCCAUCGCCUAUUAAUUGUCCCCAUUGCAGUCAAACUUGUAUCUUGAAAGUCUGAUCAUAUAUCUUCUCCCUCAUUAAAACUCUUCAUUGGCAUCCCAUAGUUCUUAGGUCAAGAACACGUGCCUCAGAAUAGCCUAAAAGGCACCCCCUGCCCCACAAAACCUUGUUCCAGUCCAUAUUCCAAAGCCCCACCUCAUGUCAGUAUCCAUCUCAUUCUUGGAUACUUGGGCGAAAUUAAGAUCUCAUAUUCCAGCGUCAAAUAGAUCUGGGUUCCAGUUCUCGCUCUUCCAUUUUCUAGCCACUUGGGUUUGGAAAAACAUCCUUUCGUCCUUUGUAAGCUUCAGUCUUAUUUAUGUUACGGGAGUAAUAAUGGUACUACCUCAGAAGUUAAUGGGAGGAGUAAAAGGGAUAAUGCAUGUAAAUUGCUCAGCAGAGUCCCUAGCAUAAUCACUCAGUAAGCAAUGUAAAAUAAAAAGACACUGUGUAUGCAAAGAAGACCUGAUCAUCUCAGCAAUGAUUAUCUGAGAAGUAACAAAAGCGGCAGUUCAAGACUUAAGAGACUGUAAGGACUUGAUCAGGAACAGUAGUCACUGCCCUAAAGGUGGGCGAUAAGGGCACCUCACAGGAGAGCUGAGUCAGAGUCCAUGAUCAGAGUGAGACGGUGACUUCUGUCCCAGAGAAGAUACGGAGAUAAGACUGUCAUAAGGAAAACUAACUUUAUUAUAUAUUCAACGGUUUUAAGAAGCCAGGUUUUAAAAAUCAUUUGUAAAAAGUAAAAUGUACUGAGAUGUAUUCAUCAUUUACAUUUAAACAAAGGCAAUAUAGCUAUUUUUAGAAAGAAAACUUUAAAAGAUCAAUAGCCAAAGAAGAAUAGAAAAUAAAAUUUAAGUUUGA